AUCAGUUCCAUACGUGUCGUGCGUUUUUAGACAAUGGAAGUGAACAUUGUUUUAUAACGGAAGAAUUACGUAAUCGAUUAAACGUGAAAAACAUACAGUCCACUAUUCAGAUUUCGGGUGUUGCAGAAAUAGUUACACAGACAAAUCACUCAUGCGAUGUAACUAUAAGAUCUAAAAAUUCGGAUUAUUCUAUGUCAUUAACGUGUUUUGUCUUGAAGCGCAUAACGUCCAGUUUGCCCUCGACUUACAUAGACUUAGAUAGUAUACGUAUUCCUGAUAAUAUUCAGUUAGCAGAUCCCAAUUUUAACGUGCCUGCAGAAAUCGAUAUACUGAUAGGUAUAGAAAUAUUUUGGGACCUUUUAGACGGUGAAAAGAUUCGAUUACCGACAGGGCCGUACUUAAUAAAUUCGAAAUUCGGCUGGUUGGUAUCUGGUCCAAAUAAUACAGGGAACUUGCGCAUUAAUAAUCAAGUCCAUUGUUAUUUUACUCAGACGAUUGACUCUCAACUUAGAAAGUUUUGGGAGAUCGAGGAUAUCCCUCAGGUAGAUAGUAUUCUUACAGCUGACGAGCAGAAAUGUGAGGAUAUUUUUAUCAAUACGACUACACGCGAAGAAGACGGUCGGUUCUCCGUCCGAAUGCCGCUAAGAGAAUCAGCUGAUACGUUGGGCGAUUCUUAUACGUUAGCGAAAAAUCGAUUUUUAUCCUUAGAACGUAAAUUAGAACGUUUGCCGGAAUAUAAACGUUUAUAUUGUGAUUUCAUGCGAGAGUACGAAAAAAUGGGUCACAUGACUCGUGUUACCGAAUAUGGUACACCCAAUUACUUCCACCCUCAUCAUGGUAUAUUUAGGGAGGGGAGUGCCACCACUAAAUUGCGCGUCGUGUAUAGUGGUGCUGCCCCCACCACCACGAAUAAAUCGUUGAAUAGCAUUCAGCUGCCGGGUCCAGCACUUCAAAACGAUAUAUUUGCUAUUCUACUGCGUUUCCGUCAAUACAAGUACGUUGCUUGUGCUGACGUGGAGAAAAUGUUUCGGCAGGUUUUGAUACAACCAGAUCAGAGAUCCUUGCAAAUGAUCCUCUGGCGUGAAAAACCUACCGAUCCAUUAUACGUUUAUGAACUCAAUACGGUCACUUAUGGGCAAACUAGUGCGCCAUAUUUAAGUCAACGUUGUAUACGACAGUUAGCAUCGGAAUGUGGUGAUGACGUCAUCGCCCGCGUUAUCAACCAAGAUAUAUUCGUAGACGAUUUAAUUACAGGAGAUGAUGAUUUCCAAAAUUUACUUGACAUAUGUCAAAAAACGUAUAACGUUCUGCAAUCAGGAUGCUUUCCUUUACGUAAAUGGACCUUUAAUUGUGACGUUACGCAGGACAAGUCUAAGGAGCAUUUUGUUGGUGAGCACACCCAGAACAAAACGCUCGGGGUAGGUUGGGAUAAUACGCGCGAUGAAUUGUAUUACACUACAAAAAUCGAUCCCUUGCCUAACUCGACGUACUUAAAUAAACGAAUAAUGUUGUCGAUUAUUUCACAGAUUUACGAUCCGUUAGGUUUACUUUCUCCUGCGGUGAUAAUUUCCAAAAUUUUGCUUCAAAAAUUAUGGUUAAGUCGUAUCGAUUGGGACACCCCGGUCCCAGAAGACAUUAAAUCGAUGUGGAAUAAUUUCAUAAACACUUUGAGCCGUUUAAACGAUUUACGAAUUCCGCGUCAUGUAAGGGGUGUACACACUGGACAUACGGAAUUGCAUAUUUUUUCAGAUGCAUCGUUGCAUGCUUACGGCGCGUGCGCAUAUAUGCGGACAUAUGAUGAAGGGUCAGAUGUAACUGUCAGAUUAUUGUGUGCUAAAAGUAAAGUCGCACCCCUGAAAUCUCUAACUAUCCCCAAACUCGAACUUUCAGGAGCGCUCGUUGCUGCUAAACUUUACAAGAAAAUAACUGAUUCCUUAAGGUUAGUGUUCACUAAAGUUUACUUCUGGUGUGACUCAACUAUAGUAAUUUCGUGGCUAGGCAUGUCUCCGCAUUUAUUGAAGCCUUUUGUUCAAAAUCGCGUUACUCAAAUAAACGAUCUCACCGGUAAUGCGACAUGGUUGCAUGUGAGAAGCGAAGACAACCCUAGUGAUUUAUUGUCUAGAGGCGUUGCUUUAGAUAAUUUAAUUGAUUGUAACUUAUGGUGGUUCGGGCCAUCAGUUUUGCAUGACCCAAAAUCGGAUUUUAUUAAUGACAAUACGAGUAAAAAUACGGCAUUCAAAGAUUUACCCGAGUUACGAUCGACCGCGGUAAGUUUAGUUUGCAAUCAACAAGAUGAAUUAUUUAAUUUCGAUAGAUGUUCAUCUUACAUUAAAUUAAUUAGAAUCGGCGCGUAUGUACUCCGCUUUAUAUUAAACUCACGCAUUAGCUCUGAGCGUAAACAACUCCGCCAAACCGGUUCAUUAUCGGUGGACGAUCUCAGUGCAUCACGUCUUAUGCUAGUUAGAUUCGCGCAGAUGCAAUCAUUUCCGGACGUUUACGAUAAUUUACUUAAAAAUAAACCGCUUAAGACGAAUAGUAAACAAUAUAACCGUAUAUCCGGUCUUAACGUGUUUUUAGACGAUCGUAAUAAGUUAAAAGUGAUUAGAGUCGGUGGUAGAUUGUGUAAUUCCACAAGUUUCGAUUACAACAAAAAACAUCCCAUGUUAUUGUGCAGUAAACAUAAAUUAACGGUGUUGUUAUUCAAUUAUGAACACAAUCGGCUGCUACAUGCCGGACCGCAGCUACUCUUAUCUACUUUGCGUGAAUGUUGGUGGCCUUUAGGUGCGCGGAAUUUGGCAAGGAAGAUGGUUCGAGAAUGCGUUACCUGUAUUCGAAUGAAAGAUCCUACUGAUUUAUCCCCGCUCACGCCCGCCCAUUUCCUAAUUGGUCGGCCGUUGACCUGCCCUGCUAGCGAGGACCUGACGGAUGUGCAGCCUUCCCGCCUGUCUCGCUACGCCAGGAUCGAAGCCCUACGUCAACACUUCUGGCGUCGUUGGGCCACUGAGUACGUUACGGAGCUCCAGCGACGAACCAAGUGGAAGACUCAUAAAGACGACAUAGCGUUAAACAGUCUCGUUUUAAUCAAAGAUGAUAACCAGCCUCCUCUCAAAUGGCGGUUAGGCCGAGUCACGCGUCUAUACCCUGGGAGCGAUGGCGUGAACCGUGUCGCCGACAUCCUCACGGCGACAGGAACAAUACGACGCAGCUUUUCAAAGAUCUGCCCGCUACUACCAGAGCCGGCAGCCCUAGACGGAUGAAGACUACUUUGGGAGAUGGUGCUCCCAAGGCCGGGGGCAUGUUCACGCACCUACUAGCGACACCUAGCGGCGCUGCGACGACAACUGCUAUACCGCCCCUCUCCGUGCUCAUCUUGUCUCGUU